UAUUUUUAUGAAAAGCAAAAUGGCAGAAUGCAGACGUUGUUGAAUUGCGUUUAGUAAAAAUAUUCAGUAAAAAGAUAUUUUCAUCGAUCAUAGAAACAGUACUGUGCAUUGCAAAAUAACAAGUGUGAAUGUUAUCAAGUAGAGUGAAAAAUAGUGAACAUAAUCUUCAAAAGAUUUGGUGUUGAAAAUCUGCACGAAAAAAAUGCAGUCCCAGUGAAAUCGAUGAGCGGCUGGCCUUCUGUAUGUGAAGUAUGUGCAGUUGCGAGCUAAGGUUAUUCAAUAACUCCUGGAAGAUACUACUUGAGCAGUGAACAGAAUAAAAGGAGAGCAUUCACGACAGCGGAAGAACCGAGGGAUGAUGGAAUAUAGAUUUGAAGUUUUAUCGGAUUAAACAUAUUGGAAAAUGAUUCGUCCACAUUUUGAAUCAUCGCUGGACUAUCAGCAGCAACAGCUGCAACAACAGGCGGCGCAACAACAGCAAAUAUCUAAAAUGGUUAGCAGUCCGCCGCCGACAAUUGUUGGCACUCCAAAUGGCACCACUAUGUGCGUGGCAAAACUGCUUGUCGGGCUGGAUCACGCCCCAUUAUCAUUUAACGUACGGCAUCGGAUAAUCGGAGACGGCGGCACCAAUUUGAACUAUAUUCGCCAGGAAACCGGGGCAAUGGUUUCACUUCGAGGACGGGGUUCGCUCGCUAUUGAACCCCAAACCGGACAGGAGGCUCCUGAACCGCUGCAAUUAUGCAUCGAGCAUCCUACGCUGGAUGGAUUACAAAGCGCAAAGCAAUUAGCCAAAAAUCUCAUCGAGACUCUUCAGGAAGAAUUGAACCUUUUCCAGGAAAAUAUUGCCCCUAAACAAAAUUUUCAAAUAAUUCAGCAACCGACAAUAGUCCAAACAACUCAGGUACCGCAAAUGCCCCCGAUGAUUCGGGCUCAGCAUGUUGCCCAGCCUAAUGGAAUAAUUCAUCAACCACCACCGCCUGUUUUACCACCCCAAAGCUUCGUACAGCAUUCACAAAGUCAACCGCCUCCUCCGCAAAUCAUCCAGCAACCACCAACUAUUAUCCAGUCUCAUAUUCCAAUGCAAAUCCACCAGCAGCCAAGCAAUGUAGUAAUCUCCCAAAUUCAACCACAAAUCACUAACGUAAGCAAUCCUCCACCUGGUGCGCAGAUCAGACCCUCCUUGAUGCAAAUGAAGAGCGCUGGGCCACCACAUCUUUCUCAGCCUCCUCCCAACAUUCAGAUAUCACAAGCAGCGGAAGCUCCGCAGCAAAUUUUGGUAAAUCAAGGACCACCAUAUCAGGUACAAUACAUUCAGCAGAAUCCAACAAUCCAGACGAGCAGCGCUCAGCACCAACCUGGACAGGUGACAAUCCAACACGUAAUACAACCGCAACCCCAACCAAUACAAGGGAUAGUCCAAACCACUAUUCCCCCUCCGCAAUUCGAUCAGUUUCAAAGGCCACCCCAAGGGCAGCAAAUAAUUGCCGUGCAAGGCAGUACAGCUUUUAUGGUUCCUCCUCCAAAUAUCAUCCAUCAGACGGUAGCUCCGGCUCCGCAACAAACGAACCAGAUCAUAGUACAGUCACAGCCGAUCAUUACUCAUCCACCUCCCAACUCGAUUCCGCAAGAACUUGUUCAAACGACUAUGCAACCUACAAUGGCACAAACAACUUCACUAGGGCCCCCUCCAAUGACUCAAGUUCCGAUGAUAGUCAAUGGUGCUGAGGACAAAAAACCCGGCGAACUGCAAAUCAAGCAAGAACUUGUAAAACUCGAAGAGGGUCCUCCCCCGGGAACUAUUAUUCAGCAAAUAAACAAACAAACUGUGAUCCCUGUGUCAUCUAUACAAGGAAUUCCACUAAGUCAGCCUCCACCGCCAAUUAUGUCGGUGCCACCGCCAACCGUGCAGCACAUCGUCGGGAACACGAUCAUCACUUCCCAAGCAAAUCCUCCCAUAACUCAUACGAUUCCCCAGCAAAUCUACAGCCAAAUACCGGUUUCGAUACAAUCGUUCCAACCAGCCCCCCAACAAAUCCACAUGAAUGGAAGUACCCACUUUGUCGUAAAUGCUCCACAACCAUGGCCACCGGGUGGGACCACAAACCCUCCGCCGCAAAUCCAGCAGGUACCAGUCAGCUCAAUGCAGAACAUCCAGUUCACAGCGCAACCGUUGCGUAAUCCGAACGAGUUCCAAAUUAUCAGCCAGCCAACGAUUAUCAGUGCUGCAGAAUAUCGGCCGCCUCCACAACAGCAGCAUAUUAUCACUACUAGUUCAUUCAAUCCUCAAAUGCAGCCUCCACCAGGUCUGCAAGUGUUUCAUACCGUCCCACCACCGCCGCAGCAGAUCAUUACAAGCAUACCAAACCCACAGCCUCAGCCGCAAAUUAUCGAGGCUUCGCCACAUCCGGUGCCUCCACCGCAUCCAGCAGCAACUCAUCAGAUCAUAACUGCCCAGGGGCCUCCACCGCCGCCCCCAUUCACCACAACGGUGCAGUACACGGCGACGCAUGAACCAAAGCCAACAGCAAUCGAGAUACAUCAGCAUCAAAUGCAUGGCAUGCGACAAGCACAGAAGCGCAAACAUCCCGAUGAGGAAGCACAUAAGAAUAUGCUCCCAAAAAUGGGAAUGGGAUUAAAAAUUCAUACAAAUUCAACUAGGACGAUUCCAAACAGCAAUCCCGGAUCAGUGACAGCGAAGAACACGAUGUCUUCAACGUCGACGGCAACGGUAACAACGUCGUCGACAUCCGGUGGUCUAAUAACAUCGCAAAUUUACUCUGCAGCUUCAGCAGAUGACCUGCAACACUUGGAAAUGGAUACUAAGUCGGGAAACGAGCAGCAGUCCGGCGGCGAGCACAACGCCGAAAACUUUGGCGGCGCCGGCGUCGGCAGCAACAACAACAACAACGGCAACAGCAUUCAUAGCGGACCGAAACAUGGCCAGAAUGGUCCGUCACAGCAGCAGCUUAUGGGUGGCAAUUCUAGAGGACGAGGUGCAUAUCGCAUGAACCAACCUUACUAUGCAAACAACAAUAGUACUGGACGCAACAACAGCAGUGGCAGCUAUCAGUACAAUAGCUUUCAACGGGUUUACGAACCCGUCCAAACAGCUCCGCCACCUCCUACGAAAUGUCGUUGGUAAAACGCAAAAAAGUCAGUGAUUUAUUACAGUCGUGAUUCAGAUUUGUUGACAUUUUUUAAUGUGAAUAAUACUACAAUUAUUGUGGUUCUACCCACUAAUACUAUUACUACAUUACAAGAGUAAAUGAAAAUUUAAAAAUCAUAAUUUAUUACUGUAAAUAUUGAUAAAUUGUCCUUAAUAGUGGACAUAUGAUAGGCUUAGAAUAUGUUAUUCAAAAUAAAGGAUAUUAUUUUUGCUGGAA